UGUUCUGUGGUAUAGGGGUCAAGUCGAGCCGCACCGCUAACGAGCCAACAUGGCGCUUCCUAAUCGGCACAUAUCGAAACUGAUCGCGAUGUAACGCGUUCUGCAUGCGACAUCCAUGCCGCCGUCAGUGCACCGAAAUCGCCGCGUAGUUGCCCAAGGCGGGAAUUGCAUGGUGUCUGAAGCUCGACGCACCGUCCGUUGAACGCUAGGCUCAUUCGGUGAAAGGUGGAGGCAAUGACGUCACGAUGGAAGAGCUCGACGAAAACACGAACGGCGGCAGUGACAGCGAUGAGCCGACGACCGACGACGCUAAUCCACGUGUCGCUUCGCGCGAGCAACACUCCGAUUCCGAAAGCCCCGAAGCGGCCGUCGUUGUUGAUGGGGACGCACAACGAAGGAGGAAUAUGACGUCUUACGCGAGAGAACUAUUCUUUCUCACGCUGCUGCUCCUUGCGAGCUGGGCGGCGUUGCACGAGACGGCCAAGAAGACGCGUGCGGCGUCGCCUCCUCGACGUUUCUUCGCGAAGCACUCGCCUGUCAAUGACUCCUACAGGGGUCAUCUGGACUCCGAGUGGGUGCACAAGUACGACGUCUCGCUGGUUCUCUACUACGCUCCCUGGGACGCUGCCAGCAUGCGUGCCCGAGACGCCUUCGAGUACCUGGCGUACCGGUAUGGGAAUCAGUUCGCCUUCGGCGCCGUAAACUGCUGGUGGCCCAACGGGCACUGCCGAAAGCGCCACUCGCCGUCGCUCUACCCGGUCGUCGUAGCUCACGUCAGGGAAGUGGGCGACGUCGUCUUCCCUAUGAAUGUGACGCCCACUGCGCGGACCCUAGAGGGCUUCCUGAUGCAUGUCUCUACGCCGCUGGUGCGUGUCACGGGAGCCGUAGACCUCGCCGCCCUGCUGCGACGUCACACGGCUGUCAUCCUGGGAAUCGUGGGCGACCCCAGGGGUCGCGCAUACGAGAGCUUCUACGGGUUUGCGCUGCAGGCCCUCACGCGCGACCCCUGGCGGGACGUUGCCUUCGCCGUGGCUGUGGACCGCCGUGCCGCGGCAGAGAUCGGCGUUGAGCACACUGUGACGCUGUUCACGUGGAACGCGUCGCUGGGUUACAGCGAGAAAGGCACUGAUUACAAAACAGCACUUGAUUGGACCUACAACAAGGCUCGGGAGGCUCGAACACUUCACUGGGUGGCUCCCUCUGGCCUGAAAAGCAGGAGGCUUUCGAAGUUGAUUGAGAAUCAGUCAACGCUUGUCCUCUACACCGACCACGGCAGCCAGGAAUAUUUUCAGAUGCAUCAGUUGUCCCAGGACUACCGUUCAUGCGACUUGAAAGGCCGCUUCUCGGGCCUCAGCUGCCGGACUAACAGCACGGUCAAUUUUGUGGCUCUGGAUGGCAGGCACUCCGAGUUUGCACCACCGGGCCUCCUCUCUGAUGGCUUCCCCACUGCCGUCAUUUACUCUGCAAAGAACGAGGCCCAGUACGUUAUUCGUGGACAUGUGACUGCGCCAACAUUGAAGAAACUCGUCGUUGACUUUACUGAUGGGGUCCUGGAUCGCCACUUAAACUCAGUCGGACCGGAUUCGUUUGCACAUGCCAGCAGUGAAGGCCUCAUCGCCGAGCUUAGCAGCAGGGGCUUCCACAAGCUCAUGUUCGACACUACACAGGAUGCAGUUGUCCUGUUCUAUGCGUCUUGGUGUGGCUUCUGCAAGGCCAUUUAUCAUCACUUUUUUGCCACAGCAAGGUUCUUCAGGGGCUUCAAGGGCAUCGUCUUUGUUAGGGUUGAUGCAUUCAAGAAUGACCUGCCGUGGGAGUUUACUGUACAACAGUAUCCCACCAUCAUCUUUUUCUCACGCAAGAAAGCGGACAGCGUCCAGUACUCGGGCUUUAUCACGACGACGCGGCUCGUGCGCUUUAUACUGCGUCACAUUCGUCACGAAGUGGCGAGGCAACUAGUGACGACCCUGUGCGAUUCGCGUCUCUGCCUCUUGCGAAGCUUGCGGAAGCUUCAAGCCUGGCGGCUGCGCUGUUCAAGACUGUAUCUUCUGUCAUCCAAGAUGGCCAAGAUGCGUCGCAGGGAAAAGACUUUACGUGAUAUGCUGCUGUCUCGAUUACGACGAAGAGGGCGCUCAUGAUAUUUGUGGUUGUUGUAGGGCGUUACCGUUUAAAGUUUAUCGAAAUUGUAAACUUCAGUGGUGCAAAUUGUCGCCGACCCUUUUCCGAGUGGUUGGUGGACGAUUUUGUCUCGUUGAAUCGAUCUUCGAUUCGUGCAGUGCUAGGUGACUUUUUGGUGCCCACCACUUCCUGGGGAGACAUUUUUCAUCUGCUGUUUUAUAAGACACACACUUGUUGAGACAUUGUGAUAUGUCUACAUUUUAUAAGCUCUUCGCCUAGAGAUUACGGUGUGAUUUGACAUCUUUUGAGAGAAAGUUUAACUGCUGCCAUUCGAUAAGGGUUGCACGCGCAUGGCUUUUCCAUGCCGCAUGUUCAGAAGGAGCUGUCACCAGCACGAUUAUUUUUGAGGAGUUUGGUUCCUUUUGUAGUGAAUGUCAUGUUCUAUCAACAAUCGGUCCAAAAUCUAGUGUUCUUGGAUAUAAGUGAUCUUAAUAUACGUGGCUGCAAACUUUUUAAAGCAAUAUAUGAAUAGAAAGGACCAGAUACAGCCUUUGAUUCUCAAGCACUAUUUAUUUGGUAGGGACAGCAGUGUAGACGAAUUUAAUAUUUCGCUGACUUGCGGAAGCUGCUUUUUUGAAAUUGCAGUGGGCUUGAAAAAAUGUCACGUGACUGUGUCAAACACUGAGAUGACAUUUGUUUUAGAUAUGGAAGAUUGCAGUGUGCUUAAAAAAAUGUCAGGUGAUUGUGUCAAAACACUGAGAUGACAUUUGUUUUAGAAGAGGAAGGUAGCUGCUGCUUUUGCUCUAUUGGCCAUUCGUCAGCCCAGUAAUUUAUAAAAGUCCAUGUAGGAUUUAAAUGAAAUGCUUUAUUUUUAAUAUCUCCUUAAGUAUGUAUGCUACUUUGAUUGAUCGGAGUGUACUCUGUCAAGCCCUGUGUCUCUUUAGUCUUUUUAGAAUGUCUAAUUUAAUGUUGCUCAUUUGUCAAGGUGUAGGAUUUCUUAGUUUAUGUAGGGGAAAAAAGCUGCAAGCAUUGUGAGUCUACCUUUCGGCAGGAUGUUUUUUGUAAUUGAACGAGUUUUUUUUUGUAAUUGAACAAGUUUAGAAUUUUUUAAAUAUCUGCUAACUUCAGUCAGUUUUGAGCGUGUGCUAGCCAUUUUUUUAUUCUGACCCAUAAUAUGCGUGCUUGUCCUGCAAUAUAUUUAUCGAAUUGUAUCAUUUAUACCAGUAAUUUCAACUUGUGCUUUCUAAUGGUUUAAAAUGUGAGAACUCGUCUUAACAGCUCAGGAAUUGUGAAAAUAAUGAUAUGCUUAAAUUUAUUCCAUGUCUUACUUUUAUAUAGAGAGUGCUGUACAAAUGUCCGAAAUCUAAAGCACUAGAAAAUCUGAACUGUUUGCUGUGGUGAUCUACAACCACCUGUCAGGAGUGAAGGCUGUGGACUAUUCAGUAGUAAUUUUUGAACUAUUUUUGUUUUCAGUUUUUUAACACCAAGCUGAUAUUUACUGCUGAUAUUCAAGGAAAUGCUAUGACACUUGAAAAGACACAAAUUGCUUGAACUUACUGUUCGUUGUUGGCAGUAUAAUUUCGUGCAGUUUGCCUUUACAUUGGUGUUACUGCUAACCAUGAUAUCAGAAGCUCAGCCAUGCAUUAUAUUAGGCUCAAUCAGUUUAUUGCAUAAUUUUUUGCUUGUGUUAUUGGGGUAUUCAAAUUUAUAUCAUGAACUAUAUAUCUUUUUGAUGGCACAUUGCACAUUGCUGAGUUAUUGUAGAAGAAAGUAUGAACAUAUUCAGAUUUUUCUUUGUGUGUGGUUGGAAAUGUGUACCUGAACUAUACGUCAUGACUAGUUCUACCUAUUUUGUUCUUUUGGUGUUAGUAUCUACAGUUAAAUGAUGGGACAUCUUUGCUCUGCGGCGGUUGAUUGAGCAGAACAGUUGCAGCUGGCACAAACGUGCGCUUUCUCGGAUUAUAGCCGUAAAUAAAUUUUGUUGUUUUUGAAACUA